AUGCUGGCCGAUGAUAGGCGCCAAGCCCCUCUGGGCCCCAAUACACCUUUUUUCGGCAGUCGCAUCCCGCCCGGCACUUCGACUCAGUCUCCCAACACUUCGAUUUUGCCUUCGACGCUCUUCGACAUCUUUGACGGGCCACUUGACGCUGUUCAGCCAAGCGCGCGCAUCACUCCAUGCCACACCAACGUAGCCGGUCUUUCCCGAUUAGGUAUCGAACCUCGCAGCAUGCCUUCAACGACGGAUACCAGUCCGAAGUGGCCAUAUGUUGCUCUUUAUCUCCGCGUUUGGCAUGAUGGGUUAGGGUUUCAUAGGUCGUAUCAUUUCUGGAGCCCACCGCGAGGGGAUUUCAGGCAAGAAUUCGCCGCUUUUGGGUUUCCGAAAACGUCUCCAGUAGUCACCCGCUCGCAAGCGCGUGAGGCUGCUAGCCGCAGCGCCACCGAGAACCUCGACAGCUCCUCUCGAACACAUUCAACCCCCUCUCCAACAAUCCCCGGUGACUUCGACCGCGACGAAGAAGACGAGAUAGACCAAGAACUCCAGGACGACUUCGACGAAGAACCAAUCCCUUCGACCGCCGAAGAACACACUUCAUCCCCCGAGCUUCUAGGCCUCACUACUUCCGACUACGACUUUUCGACUCCUGAUCUUUUUGAACGAUCCAGUUCUUCGCCCAAACCCGAGGAUCCCAUCCCAGCUACUUCGAAUCUCGUACUUCCGACUCCGUCUUCUUUUCGCGCCCACGCUCAGCCGCCCAUCGCAUCCUCUUCGCGACUCUCAGUCAUACCUACAUCCGACCUGGCACCUCCGCCACUAUUGGCACCUUCGAACGCAGCUUCGAACUCCAACCCCGCACCGCCCGCACCUACGAUUCCUUCAACUACUACCGCGUCCUCUUCGAGCCCCGCUCCUACUAACACCACGAACAUGAGUCAGAACACGAACACACCAUUGAUGCCCCCGCGCGGUCAUUCGACGGCACCAAGCUUCGACCCAUCGGAAGUCCGUUCGCUUCGGUGUUACUUCCAGGA